GGACUGUGACAGUCUCGCAAAAGUAGUAACUUAAUGGAUAAGAUGACGAUGAUCAUCGGUUGGGCUUGAAAACCAAUUCCAUUCUUCUCCCUCCCUCCGCCUCCUACCGCCAUGGCUGCCCUCACCGGCACCGCCACCGCCACCGCCACCGCCACCCUCCAUCUCCCCUGCACAACCCAUUACAAGCCCCGCAGGCCAUUUACCGUCACACUCCGCACCUUCUCUUUGCGCUUCCGCGCUCCCUCCGCCGCCAAUCGCUUCUCUGUUUCGAGCGCGGUAACUGCAAGGUACGGCGGCGGUGGGCCGCCGGGGAGGUCCAAGUCCGGCGACGAUGAAGCGCUUGAUAUGUCUUUGAUUCGGUCAGAUACUGUGAGGCUGAUUGAUGAACAACAGAAGAUGGUUGGAGUUGUAUCGAAAAAUCAGGCGCUUCGAAUGGCUGAGGAUGCUGAGCUUGAUUUGGUGAUAUUAUCUCCGGACGCGGAUCCCCCAGUUGUUAGAAUUAUGGAUUACAGCAAAUAUAGAUAUGAGCAGCAGAAGAAGAAAAGAGAGCAGCAGAAAAAAAGCGCCGCUAGCCGUAUGGAUUUGAAGGAACUGAAAAUGGGUUACAAUAUCGAUGUCCAUGACUAUUCUGUGCGAUUGAAAGCAGCUCAGAAGUUUUUGAAAGAGGGUGAUAAGGUGAAAGUUAUUGUAAACCUCAAGGGGAGAGAAAAUGAGUUCAGAAGUAAUGCCAUUGAGCUUAUCAAAAGGUUCAAAAAUGAUCUCGGAGAGCUGGCAGUUGAGGAAGCUAAGAAUUUCAAGGACAGAAAUAUUUUCAUAGUAUUGAUACCAAACAAGACUGUUGCGCAGAAGUCUCAAGAACAACCCCCAAAGAAGAAGGAAAACUCGGAAGCUAAUGAAGUUUCAGCCGGAGUAUGAGUGUGUAAGUUAUCCUCACGAGCCGAGGAAAAAAAAAAAGAAUCAGGUGGCAUUUAUUUUUCCAUUUUAUCAUUGCGCUUCGGGAUCCUACAAGAUUGUUUGCUCUUGUGUAGAUAUUUUGCUUAAGAAGUGUACAAGAAUGUGUGCCUUAAAUGUCGAGUAGAUUAUAACAGAGGAUUCAAUUAAUAUUGAAGCUGAUUUUGUGCCUUAAAAUGAACAUUGUGAUCGAUCUGGAAAUGGAGCGAGAAGAGAAUUUUUUGAGUAGUCGUUGUAGGUUUUGGUAGCGAUCUUGAUCGGGGUUGUAACUUCUGAACAAGAAUGCUGAAGAUUUUCUUCGCCUUGCCUCAUUGUUAUAUGCUUAAUUUGUAUGUAUGUUCCCAUUUUGUCGAUGUAUUCGUUAGAUUGGUGUGAAAAGCCCGCCAUUUGUGGUGUUUUUA